UCCACACACAGAGACGGGACGGGACGGGACGGGAGAACCGACACGCGUCAUAUAGGAGGAACAUACCAGGCAAAGGAGCCCGAGAAGCGGACUCUGGAAGCAAACACACGCAUGCAGGAGGCGCUGGGGGAGGUGCUGGAUGUGGUGUUCCUGUUCUAUUAUUUAACUGCUUUCAACGUUAGUGCGUUCAACCUGACGAAAGUCGAUUGAAAGCCGCCUUCAACGGCAUCCAGCCACCCAGCAUCCCUUGCCCUCUCUCCCGUUCAAUCAUCACAGAGAGGCAACGUGAGAGAGAGAACAAGAGAGAGAGUCGAGUCUGUGGGAGAGAGUGUGACGGCAGGAACGACGUCAACGUCAAUCCGCUCAAUAUUUAUACAUUGAACCGAGUCUCUUGGCCAGAAUCCAGUGUCAGAGCCAGAGCCUGGACCCCAAAACGCAGACUCUGCCAGGUUCCCUGCUGGGCCUCAAAAUAAAUAACAUCUGACAUCUGCCCGACUCUCCGAAUCCUCCCCGUCUGUCUAUGCAUCGAGAAAGCACUUAACCAUAAAGAAAACCCCCCAAACGAAACUUAACGAAAAGCGAAACAAUUUCCAUAUAAAAAACAUAAAAACAACCAAACGUGAACUAAAAAAAAAAGAAGAAAACUAAAACAAAGCAAUGGGCGCCAAGGAAAGUGUCGAGGCAGCCGCCAAACUGAAUGCCGAUGGCUGGGGCCAUGUGGAGCGAGGAAGUCGCUACCACGGCCAUCGGCAUAAUCAGCGAUCGCAGUCGCUAAAUCGUGGGCAGGCGCUCUCGCAGGCGGACGUGAGCGGCAUGUGGUGACAUCGGGGUGCCUCUGGUAAAGGAUCUGCGGGUAGCUGCGCCAACUGCGCCAUGGGCAACAAAUUGAGCUGCUCCUGUGCCCCGCUUAUGCGCAAGGCCUAUCGCUAUGAGGAUUCACCCUGGCAGAGUUCCCGACGACGCGACGGCCAUCUACUGAG